UAUGGAGGUGGGGGAGUUUGUUUGUUUUCUAUCUCCAUUAGUAUUCCAUAUCCUUUGAACAAAGUCUUCUUCGUUACACAAACUUCUUUUAAUUCUUCCGGAGACGUUUCGACGACAAUCUGUCACCUUCAUUAGUUAAUAGUAUUCCAUAUCGUUUCACUAUUCUUCCUCGAGUUUGUAGCAUGCCUUUCUAAUGAAAUGAUUUGUAAGAAACAACCCCGAUACAAUUUAUAAACAGCAAAACGAAGCAGAUUCAAAGGGUAGCUUAAAACCUAUCACAGCAUCAGAAGGAAGUAUCCAUUUGAUGAUUGAAGACAUUUAUUGUACUUUUGCCCAGCCGAGCUAAGUACACGUCACAACAGAGACAAAACAUACACGUAAGAGCAUCAUAGAUCUAUUCGGCUUCUCGCCUCUUGGUAAGGAUGACAAUGUAUAUAUACAAUAUACACGUUUAGUCUCAUGAGGGGCAUAAAGUGCUGCUCAUAUGUAGAAAGUGAGGUAAUCUACUUUCUUCAUAUAUAACUAGAUAGGGCAUUUCCAUCAUUAACAUACAAGUACAAUCAUUAGUUAACACACAUAGUACAACGAAUUGCACUUGAUAUACAUGUACUACUGUGUCUGGGGUACAAAAUUGACAUAUUCUUUAUCCUAUCCGUUUGCCGGUUUUAUAGCCAAACUCAUGAGGAUUAUCAAGUUUUCAGUGCUGCUCUUAUAAAGUGAAGGAAGCUACUUUCUACAUAACUAAGCUGAAUAUUUCCAUCGUACUAAACACGUACUACACAUGAUCUUCGACGAAGUGCACUUCAUCUUUUACUGUGUUUGGGGUACAAAAUUGACGGAUUCCUUGUCCUAUCCAUGUGAUGUGUAACACAGGAACGUGGAAACUACUUCCUAGGCGGCAUGGCGGUAGCUGACAUCCUGCUCGCAGUGGUGCACGCUCCGGCCUCCAUUGCUUCGCUGGCGUCCGGUCGGGUGAUGACCGAAACCUGGUGCAAACUGCAGGCCUUCCUGUCUCCUGGCGGCUUCAACCUCUCCCUAAGCGUCAUGACCGGCCUGUGGUACUGCCGCUAUCGCUACAUCGUCUACCCGUUCUCCUACGACACUACCGUUACCGGGACACGCAUCGCUGUGGCUAUGGUGCUGAGUACCGUCGUGAGUUUCCUCCCUCCCGCCAUCUACGUGCUCCGGUACAGCGUUUCCCAGGCUCCUACCCCCAUCAGCCUAGCCUACCCCUCCGGUUUGACCAUCCCAUGCGGCGUGGUGGGCCCAGAGCGUUCAGUUAACCUGAUCAUCGACAUCUUCCUGUACGGUGUCUGCACGUUCUCCAUCGUCCGCGUGCUUCUGGAGGCCCGGAGGCACCGUAUUCAGAUCGCUAACCAGGCACCAAUACACGCGGAGCAAGCUGACGCCUGGAAGGUUCAGAUGAAGGCGGUCUACACUCACCUCAUCACCGUGGCCAUCAACAGCCUCACCUGGGUCCCCAUCCUCACCAUCGGCGGCCUGCUCACCUCCGGGGUGCUCACACUGGAGAACGGCGGAUCCGUCUGGCUAGACGUCUUCUGGAUGGUCAACCAAACCUCCACCUUCUUAGACUCGGUGGUCUUCGCCUUCCGAUACAAGAUCUACCGGAAGGCCUUACGGAAGCUUGUCCUGAAAAUGCGCGAACUGAUAGACAUUGUCAUUGAGUGACGUGGUUACGUAAAAGUUUAGUGGUCUUCGUCUUCCGGUACAAGAUCUACCGAAAGGCCUUACAGAAGCUCGUCCUAAAAAUACGCUAACUGCUAGACAUUGUCAUUGAGUGAAGUUGGUCAUAUAAAAGUUAAGUGGUCUUCACCUUCCGUACAAGAUCUACCGGAAGGCCUUACGGAAGCUCGUUCUGAAAAUACGCGAACUGCUAGACAUUGUCAUUGAGUGAAGUUGGUCAUAUAAAAGUUCAGUGGUCUUCACCUUCCGUACAAGAUCUACCGGAAGGCCUUACGGAAGCUCGUUCUAAAAAUACGCGAGUUGGUCGACCUGGAGUGAAGUUGUUCACUGCACUUGGGGCACCGGUGCGGCACUGUGGGGUUUGUAGGUGACUCAUCGUAUUUCAGAGAUAAAGAACACAUUUUCUUCCGUUUAGUGUAUUUUGUUGUCUUUUAAGUCAUACUUUAACGUAUUACACAAUAUCUGAAUCAUUAAAAAUUGCGAAAAUAGCAAAACAGCACCUUUACGUUAGUAAACGAUACCCGCAGCGCCGCAUCUGUGCCCCAAGUGCAGUGAGAGUUCAACUUUAGUGCAGUUUUGAAUGUAUGUUGUCAGGAAACGUUUGUAUUAGUUAUGUACAUUUGUGGGAAGAGAGGGAUGGGCGGACAACAACCGACUACCCCUACGGCCUCAAGAAGGCCAUAGAAUUAUUUACCUCUACCUCUACCUACCUUUGAUAUAUAUACAUCU